AUGGGCGGCACGAGUGAGGAAUACGUCCACAAAUGUUCUUUUGGUCAUGACCUAAAAUGGUCUGGGGAGAAUGAGGCAUCUGUUGCUCUUCGAAACUGCAAAAAGAUCGAGAAACUAGAGGAUCCGAUGGGGCUAGUCAAGGAAAUUCUCAAGCUUUGCCCUGCAAGAGUGUUGGUAGCAUUGUACAAGCUCCCAAGCUUUGACUCAGUCGACUUCCUAAAAAAAGUGGCCACUGUCAGGGGUAAGCUUAAAAAGGGUGGUAUUGUGGAUGUUGAAUCUGCUGCGAGAAAAUCGUCUUGCAUGACUGGAAUGAAGGUAAAAUCCCAUACUAUACGAUGCCUCCAACUAGGAAUCAAGAAGAACAGUCAGAAUCAAAAAUCUUUUCAGAACUCGGAAAGGAGUUCAAUAUUGACGAGAUUUACAGCAGCGAGUAUUCAUUUAUUGGGAGCCUUAAAUCUUUCGAUGAUGUAAAACAUGUUGAAGGACCUCCAAAUUGCCCUCUAAAUUUCGAUGAGCAGAUGCUCAAGGUUUGUGAUUAUCUCGAAAACAU